AUGGUACAUAAUAUCUCAGCUCAAGACAGGCCGUCAGUGGAGCAAACUCCCGGCUCUCAUCGCCGAAAGCGCAGAGCCGUUAAUUGUGAGGAAUGUCGACGCUCUAAGUUGCGAUGUGAUCGCCAACAUCCAUGUGGCGCUUGCAAGCGUCGCAGGCGCGAGGCCAGCUGCUCAUACAAAGUUCUCUCAAGCGCCCCUACAUCAGCCAAGUCUCAUGGGACGCCCGUGACUGCUCCAGCGCCCACUGUGCUGAACGGGGAGGUAGUAUCUCCGUCUACCCCCUUGAGACAGAACUUUGCCGGUACCUCAGAUCUGUAUUCGGAACUGCCGAUAUCUGAAACAACCCAAGCACCUCUUGGUGCACACUGGGAAGUCGUGCUUGAGAGGCCAGGCCCAGAAUAUGAAGCUCACGACACUUUAUCACCUCUUUCCAUCACCCCGCGCAUGCCCCUUCAAGAAAUUAUUGACUGUCUGCCUCCUAAGUCUUGUUGUGACUAUCUAAUUUCACACUUUUUCAAACAUAUUUCUCCUCUAUUUCCCAUUCUUCAUGGUCCAACGUUCCAAAAGCAGUAUGUAGCAUUCGUGCAACGACCCCAUACCAUUGACUUAGCCUGGCUCGCUUUGCUUUUCUCCGUGUGCUCUUUGGCUUUGAACACCAUGGAUGAAAGUGAUCCCAGGUUGCACCCUUGCUGGCCCCAACCGCCUCAGAGUCCAACGCAAGUUCCUGCCACUGUUUCUCUAUCUCGCCGCCUCCUCCGGACUGCAAUGACCUGUCUUUUACAGGAUGAAUUCUUUAUCCGGCAUAAAUUCAGCACUUUCGAAGCUUUACUCAUGGUAAUCUACAAUCUUUCCCACAAUGAGUCCGUCGACCAGGGAUGGGGCUUGUUAGGGAUGGCAUUGAAUAUUGGAAUUGCAUUACGGUGUAAUGUAGAUCAGAACUUAGGUCCCAUCGAGACCGAAAGACGGCGGCGCUGCUGGGCCGGCCUCCUGACGUUACAUACAUAUCAGGGCAUGCUAUUUCGGGACGUGGAUAUGUCAUAUCUUCUUAACAUCAAGGCCAUCCCGCCAGCAGAUGUUAAUGAUGCUGAUGUCACAGAGGAUGGCAUUUUGUUACGAUCCUGUCGCGGCGAGCCUACACAUAUGUCAGUCAUGAUGGCUAAACUUCGGUUGUUCCGCCUUUCUACUCAAAUCUGUCAUCAUAUAUCGGGUCCUUCGCGGUUAGAUGAACGUCUACUACAUGAAUUUGAUGCAGCGAUCGCCGAGGAACAAAAGCAAUGGGACUCGACCUACCUGAUUGAUGGAUCUCCAAAUCUUCUGGAUUCCAAUAGCUACGCAUAUUGGUGUGUCCUACAGACGUACGCACAUCAUCUCUAUCUCCUUCUUCACCGACCAUUCCACCAUUCGAAGGCGCCUUGUUUCCUUCCAACAUCCCGAGAAAGAUGUAUUAGCUCUAGUGUCGCGUUAAUAUCCAUCCACAGACAGCUUUACGAAGCUCCACUACUCCGAAACUAUCUUUGGUUACUCAGUGGCGUGACAAGUUUGAAAGCGUUACAUGCAGCUGUGGCCCUCUAUUCGUGUCUUCAAGAUACACCAGCGGCAGUUAAUCCAGCAUACGAUUUAAACAUUUUCCGAGAGGACCUCGAAAGACUGACUGUCUGUAUGAAAAAUACAUCCGGCCGAAGUAACAUAUGUCUCCGAGCGUAUCAUAUACUCCGCCGUUUGCAGGUCCAGGCAGGCACGGAAAAUCCUCCAACAGGAAGCCCACAGACUGAGCUUGAAGGUUUAUUCGAAAACUUCACUGAUAUACGGGAGUGGAUGGAUUCAGACCUGAUCAAUUGGACAUUGGAUGGAGCUUUCAAUAUCUCUGCCACUUGAUCGAUUUCUACCACGAUGAUGUUACCCGACUCAGUCACUUCUCGCAGAAACACUCAGGGUUGCGGGUGGGUGGCAGCUUG